AACUCGCGGAAUCCGAGACAGUGUCGGUAUGAUUUCUUUACUUUUCAUCCUUGUGUUGGUUAUAUCCUGUGAAUGCUGCCCGGAUAAGUGUGUGUGCUCGUCACAAACCGUAAAAUGCCAAAAUCAGGACUUGGACGCGAUUCCGCAUUCUUUACCGGACAAUACCAUCCUUUUUGUGACAGGAAACAUCAUUUCAAACAUCAGCGUGAAGUCUUUUCCAGUCUGCCUGGAACUGUUAACAGAGCUGUAUCUCAGUGGGAACGAGGUGGAGUUUGUGGACGACCUGGUGUUUGACAACUUGCCAAACCUUGUGCGUCUGGAUCUGAGCAACAACAAAAUCCAGACUUUCGGUGAGAACGCCUUCCCUGAUGACAAUAAACUACAGGUUUUAAACCUCAGCAGGUCGUUUCACAAGCAGAACCACUCUCUGAACGUGGCCCUAAGCUUUCUACAGAAGGGAAACCUGCACCAGCUCAGUGUCCUGGAUCUGUCCAACAACGACCUGGUUUUUCUUCCAGACAACAUGUUCACCAGCCUCUCCAACCUGCUCAACCUCAGCCUGCGGAACAGCUCCAUCAUCUCCAUCCAGAACGGCACACUGAAGGUGCCACGGCUACGUGACCUCGACCUGAGGGACAACAGUCUCACGGCACUGCCCGACACCACCCUGGCAGAGCUCAGCCUCAAACCUGAUCUCCGCAUUCGCCUGGGAGGGAACCCCUGGAGGUGCAACUGCUUCAUCGAUGACAUGGUUGCGUGGCUGAAAAACUCCACUCAAGUCGUCGACAUGCAGAACUUGACCUGUGCAGACCCAGAAGGCCUGAGGCACCAGCCCCUGCUCCAAGUCCAGCAGCCGCUGCUGAAGUGUUUCAGUGACAUGGAUGGUGUGCUGGAGACCUCUUAUGUUUUUCUGGGGCUGGUGCUCGCUCUGAUUGGUGUCGUAUUCCUGCUGGUGCUCUACCUGAACAGAAAAGGCAUCAAGAGGUGGAUGUACAACAUCCGGGAUGCUUGUAGGGACCACAUGGAAGGGUAUCAUUACAGGUACGAGAUCAACUCAGACCCACGAUUGGACCUGAGCAUCAACUCAGAUGUGUGAGUGAGGACUGGGACUCAUAGUGAGAACAAAAAAGACUCUUCACUUUGAGAUUUGCAUGAGAGGUCUUCCUGUAGAUGUCACAGCACCUUGUUAACCCCUUCAUACCCUCAGCAUGUCAUCGACAGCAUCCGAUAGGUGUUGACUGCCCAGUGCUAUUCAGACGAUUAAUAUUAACAAAAUGUUCUUUGAGGCGGGAAGGAGAGAUCUGCUCUGUUUUUUGACUUUUGCUAGGUGAUGGGGUAUUGUCAAAGCCGUAGAUCAAAGACGUGUCCUGCUGGUCGUUGCAUCCUUAUUAUCUGCUGCACUGCUUGUUUGAGUUAGAAGCCUUUGUCGAAUGGCUAUAGUGUACAUUGCAUCGUUAUCUAUGCAGUAAGCUGAUGUGAUUGAUUUCUCUUUGUGAAGAUAUUUAGCUCAAUAAAAUCCCACUGGACCGCU